UUUGAUGCUAAAUUUCCUAUCUUGGGUAAAAUAGAUAUAGGUGAAUUCUCUGAAGUUUGGAAAGCGCGUUGUCCUGUUACAAAUGAAUUAUGUGCAGUCAAGAAAUCAAAGUCCAUAUUUACAAAUUGGGAUGAUCGAUGGCAGCAAUUAAUUGAAGUAGAAAACCUGAGAAAAGUGAAAGGAAGUGAACAUUGUAUUGAGUUAAUGAAUGCAUGGGAAGAAAGAGGAUUUUUAUUUAUUCAACUUGAAUUCUGUCCUGGUGCAAGCCUUGAGAAAUACAUUAAAUUCAAAAAACGUCAAAUAGAUGAAAAUAUAGUAUGGAAAAUAUUUUAUGAAAUUGUACUUGGUGUACAAGAUAUUCAUCAAGCCAACAUUGCUCAUUUGGAUUUAAAACCGUCAAACAUAUUAAUUGCUAAAGAUGGCUGCAUAAAAAUCACGGACUUUGGUAUU